AUCAUGAGGUUGACAAGGAAAGUCUUUACUGUCUUACUAAUGAGUUGAUUGGUGAACUGAUCCCAAAAGUGGGGCCAAAGGGAAAAUUCAUCAAGAAAUUUGAACUGUUAAAGGUAACACUCUUCACACAAGUGCUGCAUUACAUACAUGCUAUGACAUAUAUAGUGUAACAGGAACAGCAGAAUGGGCUCCUGGUCCUUCAGUGAUGGCAAUUUUUAUGAAAUGCUUUAGCUGUUAUGGAUGAGGAAGUUUUGGAUUGGUAUGGAUUGUCAUCACUAUAGAAACAACAAAACUCAGCAACAAACCAGGAGACAGUUCCCUCAGGACGAGAGCAUGAAGAAACAGAAGAAUCUGCUCAGGGUUUUGCCAGACAAAGGAUGUGUGGAUGUAAUUCCCGGUCAAAUACUGUCUUAAAAGUCUACUAUCUAUGUUCAUUCUAGGGUUUUUCCAUCCACCAGUGGUGCAAAUGAUACAGGAAAGCGAAAGGGCAAACAACUCUCCCAAGCAAGUAAACGCAGAUGUACACCAGAUUCAGAAGAGAGCAAACUCUCUGAGGUGAAAAAAAUAAUGAAUGACGUCGAGACGAGACUUCCAGACAACACAGAUAUCAGUGAUUUCCUGAUGCGUAAAAUCAAUGAUUUGACAACGGAAAAGAGGGAACUGGUUGGUGUCUUUGGUAAAACAGGGGCUGGAAAGAGCACUUUGAUCAAUGCCAUCAUUGGAGAGAAGAAUCUUCUACCGACUGGAAGCGGCACUGCGUGCACCACAGUCAUGAUUAAAGUGGAGGCCAGUGACUCGCCAAAGUAUGAAGCAUACAUUGAGUUCAUUACACCAAAGGAGUGGAAAGACGAAUUGUGGUCCUUUGAAAAAUGUCAGGAUGAUGAUGAUGAUGAUGAUGAUGAUGAUGAUGAUGAUGACGUUGAUGAUGAUGAUGAUAAUGAUGAUGAUGAUGAUGAAGACAUGGAAGAAAAGCUUACAGCCUUGUAUGGACAAGAUUGGAAAGGCAAAAUAACCCACGAAAACUGCAAUGAGAAAAAGCAUUUCAAAGAAAUUCCACAUUUUCUAAAGUCAGAUACGAUGUGUUUGACAUGUGACUCAGCUAAGGAGCUAUCUGCAGAAAUGGCCAAAUAUACUAGAAAUAGUAGUAGAGCAGUGAAGAAGCAAUACUGGCCAUUAGUGAAGUGUGUGACUCUCAAGUUACCUAAUAGAAAUGACUUUCUCCAACAUGUCACGAUUGUGGACUUACCAGGAAAUGGGGACCGCAAUAAGAGCAGAGACAAAAUGUGGAAAGAGCUUGUUGGAAAAUGUUCCACUGUGUGGAUUGUGAGUGAGGCCAGUCGCUCAGCGGCAGAGAGUGAGGCCUGGGAAAUCCUGAAAAAGUGCUGUAACUUCAUGGGAAAUGGUGGCGAGUGUCAUCAAAUUCACUUCAUCUGCACAAAGUGUGAUGACCCUGGUAACCUAGAUAGGGUAACUGGAACAGCACGUGAAAAGUUGCUUAAAAAAAACCAAGAAACCAAGAAACUAAUGAAUAGUAAAAUAUUGAAGCUCUUUGAAAAGGGAGAAAAGGUUAAGAAACACUUCAAUAACGACUGUUUCAAAGUGUUCACAGUGUGCGCCAGAACUUUUCGGAAAAAAACAUACAAAAAGGUAGAAGACACAGAAAUUCCAGCUCUUCAAGAGUUUCUGAAAAAUCUUGAUGACCGUCACUCAGAGACACUAAACUAUGUGUCAAGAGCACAUGGCAUUCUCUCUCUGAUCCAAGGGGCAAGAAACAGGAAAUCAAAAAAGGACGUGUACAAAGACCUUGAACAAAAACUAAAGUCUAAACUUGGUAGAGUCAGCAAACCGAUGGAAGAGGCUUAUGCAGCGUUUGAAACUGGCCUUGAGGAGGGUGUGAAGAAGUCAUGCAGCUCAUGGAGAAAAUCUGUGAAGAAAGCAAUAUGCCCUAAACCCGGUAAGGGUAGAGGUUUUCACAAGACACUGAAGUGUGUUGUAAACAACAGUGGUGCCUUUACAUCAAAGAAAAAGGUCGCAACAAACUUAAACGUGAUAUUAAGUUCUUGGUUGACUUGCAGCAUUGAUGAGAAAUUCAAGGAGACCUUCCCAAAUGAAAGGAAAAGUGGACCAUUCAAGAAUGCCCUUAACGUGUUUACACUGGGCACAGAGAAGCUGAUUCAAAAGUACAAAGAUGAUGAACUGCAGCUUAUGUUUCUCAAGACAGAGGAAGAAAAAGUCAAGCAUAAACUCAACAAAACCAUCCGGUAUCACAAGAAGACAAUCUACAACAUUCUGACAGACACAAUAGAGGAAAACAUGCAAACAUGUUAUGAUGCUGCAAAGGAGGAAGAAGGAACCGGUUCAAUGAAAAGAAUGCAGGACAUUAUCCUGGACCAUAUCAAGGAUAAUGAAGACACCAUGUUUGAGGAGGCUAAAAGUGAAAUGUUAGAACAACUGUUUAACUUGAAGAGCCACAUCCUGGUGGAACUGGAGGAAACCUUGAGGGAAUCAAUGGAGCUGGCACUCAAGACAGAUUCAGACCCAUUGCCAGAUGUUUCAUCAGAGCUUGACUCUGUGAAGAUGUUCCUCAGUGAACUAAAAGGCAGCCCAAGUGAAUAAACUGAGCAAUCUAAAAUGAUGCUAAAGGUUCUACUGGUUGGCAUCAGUCGACUUCUUGAAACUUUGAAAGGUAAAAUAUGGCUCAAGGAUUAGUCCAUUAACUUUUGGAGAGGAUCUGAUUAUGGGGGUGGAUACAUACUUAUUUUUACUUUUAUCCUUGUGAGUUGUUGUUUUUUUCCAGCAUCUUCAUUUACUAAAUGACUUUUGUUAAGUGUGUGCAGAAUGAUUUUUAUAUUUGUGUGGAUGGACAUUCUUGCCAUGGUCUGAUAUAGAGGCAGGGGGCAGAAAGAUUCUGUCUCAUUCAAUCCAAGUACAUGUGGCUUAUUAGUCUUUGCCACUGGGCCACUAUUAUGCCCUCAAAAUGCUUUGUCUUUUUAAGGAUUCUUAAUGAUUUAAUGAUUUAUAUAAUACAUUUAGAUAAGGUGAUUGAUAUAUGAGUGCCCUUGUAUAUGUUAUGGAUGAACUUGAAUACAAGCUUUAGGCUGAACUUAGUAGUUCAGCUAAGUUCUGUCAGGCCAAGCAUGUGAUCAUGUCAAACAAUUAUUCUGGCUUUCAUUUUCUCUUGGUCAACCCUUAAUAUUUUUGAUUGAUUAUGUAGUUGUUUAUGUGCUCUGAAUAAAGACAUAAAAUGAAUUGAUUUGUUUGUUGAUUAGGGAGGUCAGAGAAUAAUGAACAAACCAGUUGUCACAGCCACAAACCUUGAUUUGGUCAUGUUGUAGGAGGUACAUGAUGGGCCCAUGGAUCGUCCACACUUGAGCAUUAAAGCAUUAAAGUCUAGGUCUAUAGCAGCAUAACUAAGAGAUGGUUCAGGUACAGUAAAGUUUUAAGUCUAACUUUAAAUACAGAGAGCGUGUCCACCUCCCGAACAGACCAGACAGCCAUACCUAUAUAUGUAUCAUAAUAUGUAUAUUUUAUCAAAUGGAGGGGAAACAGUUUAUAUACAAACAAAUCAAUA